AUAAACACUCUGUUUAUCGUUCAGCAAUAACAAUGGAUUUGGAAGAAGCUUUCAAAGAGACAGGAGAAUUUGGCAAAGGCCAAAAAAAGUUGUUUUUCAUGACAAUGUUCUUGCAUAUGUUUUGCGCUUUUAAUACACUUCAACAUGUGCUUGUCGGAGCUAAGCCAGAGCAUUUUGCUUGUAUCGAACCAAAUCUUAAAAACAUUCAUCAGCCUUGCAAUCAAACUUGCAAUAAAUAUACUUUUCCAGGAGAAUUUUAUACAACUAUUGCUCAUGAGUGGAGUUUGGUCUGUUCAAAUAGGUACAAAAUUGAAAUGUCAGGAUCAAUAUAUAUGGGAGGAUUGAUGGCAGGAUGUUUAAUAUUCGGCUUUCUCUCUGACAAAUAUGGCAGAAGAUUGAUAAUGUUACUAGUCAAUAUACUAAGUUCAUUAUUCCUCUAUUCCGCAGCGCUAAGUUUCAAUUAUUAUAUGUAUGCAGUAUGCAGAUUUUUUAAUGGUGUAUUCAUCGGCGGUGCUAUUUUAGUUUCGUUUGUAGUAUUAACAGAAUCGGUUGGUUCAGGAAUUAGGGGUUCUUUAGGAGUGCUCUGUGCAGCAGCCUUUGCAGUAGGAAUAUCCAUUUUUGGGUUUAUUGGAUAUUUUAUAUACAACUGGAGGUUACUUAUAAUCAUAACUGGUUUACCAGGACUAUUUUUAUCUGUUUACUUUUACAUAAAACUAUUGGAAAGUCCACGAUGGCUAUUAUCAUGUGGCCGUGUAGAAGACGCCGAAAACGUUAUGGAAGUUAUUGCAAGAAGAAAUGGGAAAAAAGUAGCUCCUAUUAAAUUAAAAAAACCAGAAACUAAUAAUAAAAAAUCUAUAAAUAUUCUAACUGCCCUAAAAAUAGGAAAGUUAAGAACACAUUUUCUAAUUCUUGUCUUUAAUUGGUUUGUAAAUAGUUUGGUAUAUUAUGGAUUAUCCAUGGGCUCUGGUAAUUUUAGUCCAAACAUUUACAUUAACGAAGGUCUUGGAGGCUUAAUUGAACUUCCUGCAUACGUACUCGUUUAUCUUCUUCUUGACAGAUUGGGCAGAAAAAUAUUAUUAGCUGCAGCAUUAAUAAUUUCCGCAGUUUCAUCAUUCGUCUUAUUUUUUCUUACGUAUAAUAACAUAUCUAAUUGGACCACGUUUGGCCUUGCAACAAUUGGAAAAUUGAUGAUAUCUGGUUCAUUUUGCAUAGCUUACAUAUAUUCAGCCGAAUUGUUUCCUACAAUAGUCAGAAGUAACUUGAUGGGAUUGUGUUCAGUUGCUGCCAGAAUUGGUGGAAUGAUUGCACCUCUUAUGCCAACAAUUAAAUAUCAUCAGAAAAACUCACCUCAAUGGUUACUGUAUUUCAUUCUUUGUCUCAUAGCUGGUAUAGGAGUGUUCUUUUUGCAAGAAACUUGUAAUAAGCCAACGAUAAAUACAUUAGAAGAUGUAAUAGGACAAUCAAAUAGUCGCCCUAACAAAGCAUAUUAUCGUGGAGAGGAUGAAAUAGAAUUGCUUAACGCCGAAGAGAUGGCAGGUGAGAACGCAUGA